GGCUUUAUUUUUCAAAAUCGCUCGAUUCUCUGGCAAAAGCUCCAUGGCUCUGGCGCUGGAGGCUACGGGCCUCGAGCGGCUGCCGGCGGCUGUGGAGGAGGAAGGAGAAGUAGAAGCGAGAGUAGAAGAAGCGAUCGAGCGGGAAGCGGCUUGGUGCUGCCAGUGGCCAGUGUUUAGGUUUGAUCAGGCCCCUCGCCGGCUCUACCACUUCUGCCGUCAGUUCCAGGACGGCUCAAACCCUGGUGCUAACUUCCUGAAAGGGGUCAAGUGGUCUCCCGACGGUUCCUGCUUCCUCACCGGCUCCGACGACAACUCCCUGCGUCUGUUCUACCAACCGGAGGAUGCUUUUAUUGCUGAUAACGUGGAGCCUUCUGCUGCUGGGAUUGACGGGCAAGGUAUGGAUGUCGAUUCGUACGGUUCAAGUCUCAUUGUGAGGGAAGCGGAGAGUGUCUACGAUUUCUGUUGGUUCCCUUACAUGUCUGCAUCAGAUCCUGCGAGCUGUGUAUUUGCCAGUACCACUCGCGACCACCCAAUUCAUCUGUGGGACGCUAGUUCCGGUCAGCUUCGUUGCACUUAUCGAGCGUAUGAUGCCAUGGAUGAGAUAACAGCUGCCCUUUCAAUUUCUUUCAAUACUUCAGGAUCAAAGCUUUUUGCUGGAUAUGAUAAAUCCUUAAGAGUGUUUGAUGUGCAUCGCCCUGGUCGUGAUUUUCAGCAAUAUUCUCUGCAUAAAGGAAAUAAUGGCCCAUCAGGCCUUGUAUCUUCUAUUGCCUUUUCUCCUACUCACAAUGGGAUGAUUGCUAUUGGCUCUUACAGCCAGACCACCGCUAUCUACUCUGAGGAUAAUAUGGAAUUACUAUAUGUACUACAUGGUCAACUAGGGGGUGUUACACAGGUAUUAUUCUCAAAAGAUGGAUACUAUCUCUAUACAGGAGGGAGGAAGGAUCCAUACAUAUUGUGCUGGGAUAUUCGCAAUACAGUUGGGAUUGUAUACCAACUAUAUAGAUCAUCUGAGCACACCAACCAGCGAAUAUCAUUUGAUAUCGAACCUUGUGGAAGACACCUCGGUACAGGAGGAGAGGAUGGUCUAGUUCACAUAUAUGAUCUUCAAACCGGCGAGUGGACGGCGAGCUUUCAAGCUGCAUCUGACACGGUCAAUGGUUUCUCUUUUCAUCCAUCUCAAUCACUUGCUGCAUCGUCUUCUGGUAAUCGAAGAUUUGAUUUGCUGGACAAUAUUGAAGAGAAUUCAAGCUUUAAAGGCAAUGAGAAUUGUGCAUCCGUUUGGUCCUUCUAUGCUGCAGAGUCGGACCAUGAUGUAGCAGUACCUGGUGCGGAUGAAGCAUUGAACCUUGGAGUUUAAUGCAAGGUUAGUCUGGCAUUAUACCCUCUCGUAUUAUACUCGAUACUCCUUCUGUUAGCCGUUCGGUUGACAGCAAUUUUCCUGCACCAAUUUCUGGUAGCUUAAGAAUGUUUUACGAGAAGAACCAGGAUGACAUAUUAUGAGGAACUGUGUGUCUCAUGAUAUUUGACAAAGUUGUUAAUUUAUAGGUAUCAUCGUACUGUCAAAUAUUUUGAGGAAGUCUCAAUUCAUGCAUCUUACUCUUGAAGCAUUGGCGGUUCUCAUAUGAUAUGCUGGGUUCAUCCCAUUGAACUCGUUUCGUUUCUUUUAUAUCUACCUGCAAUAACAGGAAGGGAAGAGAUGUGAUCUUACUUUGGCCCCUGUGCUUCCCUCUCCCAUUGCAAAAUUUAUCAAAGAACUUUGUUGCCUACUUUCCUAACUUUGUUGCUCCCUUGCAUGAAAGAGCCUUAACAUGGAAGUUAA